AAUGGGCUCCGUGGCAGCGCUCGGAGACACAAGGUUCCCCCGUGCCGCAGCCUCCGACGACCGCAUUCCCGGGACUCCGUCCACCGCUGCUCGCAUCCGACCCCACGUCGCCGCCUCGCUGCUGCUGCUGCUUCGACCUUCGCUCCGCCGCUGGACCGGACUCCCGCGCCGUGUGAACGGACGCUGGCCCGUGUGUGAACCAGCACCUGGUUCGAGCGCAUCCUUCCCGACGACUUGGGCGACUCUUGCAGGGUCGGUUCGCCGGCCCUCUUCUUGGGAACCCACGCAGCGCGGAUGCCCCGCUCGGAAUGAAGCUCGUGGCUUCGAGGUUUACCUGAACUGUGUCUAGGAGCGGAAAACAAAAAGUUUGUAUGGUCUUGUGCGCGUGCUAGUUAGUGUUCAUUACAAUUGUGGUUGUGGUGUCAUCGUCGUCGGUGUCGUCAUCGUCGUCGUCGUCGUACCGCCGUCCUCGUUCAAAAAUAAGGACGCGCGAGGCGGUGCUUUUUCUAACUGGAGCGGACACCGCGUCAUGCUGCUGUUGUGUCCGACUGUUGGUUCGUAACCUCGGUUCGGAAGAGAUGACCUUUUGCCGACAUCGGUUGUCGCCGGUGCAGCUGCUGCGCUUGUAAGAGAAGCAGUGUGGUGCGCGUUCUCUUCUCAGCCGGUCCGCGACUUCGUCUCGGAUACUUGAGCCGGCGGGACGCUCUCUCCGAGCAGCCGAUCGAGCGAUGCACUUACGGAGGCUUCUUCGAGAUCGGAGGCUUCUCGCAGUCGACGGGAUGCGACGCGUUGCCGUCGCCGCACUCGCCGGAUGUCUGCUACUUCUGGAUACAGCUUCCGGCCAGCAGCAGAACUUCCGGGUGCGGCCCCAGGCUCGUGAGGUCAUCGAAGGUCAUUCUGUGGAGCUCAUGUGUGAGGUGUCUAACCAGGCCGGUCCUGUGCAGUGGAGUAAGGACGGCUUCGUUCUAGGUUUCAACCGGAGCAUACCUGGCUACCCCAGGUACUCGAUGACGGGAGACCCAAUGCAGGGGAUUCACAACCUGAAGAUAGAAAACGCCACGCUGGACGACGACGCCGAAUACCAGUGCCAGGUGGGACCCACCUCAGACCACAAGGCUAUCAGAGCAGACGCGCAUGUAACAGUUCUGCUUCCCCCGGCGUCGGUGACCAUCACGGACCACCCGAACGGUAGCAGCGUCGAGGUGCGGCAAUCCGAGUCGGUCAAGCUCACCUGCGUCGUGUCUCAGGCCAAGCCGGCCGCCCAACUCAAGUGGUACCGCAAGAACGUCGAGCUAAGACCCGACAACGUGCACUACAGCGUGGAAGAGAGCGAGGGUGGCCGCCAGAACGCCAUCAGCAGCCUGACGCUGACGCCCCACUCGGACGACAACGGCGUCGUGUACUCCUGCGAGGCCGUCCACCCGGCGCUCGAGUCGCCCAUGGCCACCUCCGUCAGGCUCGGGGUCCUGUUCGCCCCGGGCCCCCCCGAGAUUCACGGCUACACGGAGGGCGAGACGAUCCGGAUGGGCGACACGACGACGCUCCGCUGCAUCUCGCGCGGCGGCAACCCCCUGGCCCAGCUGGUCUGGUACCGGAACCAGGAGGAGCGCAGCGUGGACAGCUCGUACACGACCAGCGGAAGGGAGUCCGUCAACACGCUCACCUUCGUGGCCAACUCGUCGGACAACAACGCCGUUUACCGAUGCGUGGCCACCAACGUCGUGUCGCCGGAGCCCGUCAGCGCCGCCGUGCGCCUCACCGUGCAGUUCGCGCCCAGCAAGGUGAAGGUGAGGGGCCCAAAGGAGGCGAAAGCGGGCGACCAGAUCACCAUGCGCUGCAGCACCGAACGGAGCAACCCUCCGGCCGAGGUGUCCUGGGUGGUGGACGGACGCCCGUUCGAGUCCGUGUCCACCAUCACCGCCGACCCCAAGGGCGGCUGGGUCACCACCUCCAACAUCACCGUCAACAUCACCGGACAGGAAAGGAACAUGAAGAUGUUUUCGUGCUACGCCGUGAACCAGGCACUUGGAGACACCGUCGUGGAAACUGCUGCGGUCAGCAUACUGUAUGCUCCAGACGCCCCUCGCAUUUUCGGAUACACCGAGGGCACGCCGAUCCGUGCCAAGACGCUCCAGCACAUCACCUGCGUCACCAACGGCGGGAAUCCGCUGCCCACCGUGCGUUGGUUCAAGGGGACGCAAAAGGUCAACUCGACAACAAAGACCAACGGGAAUUCUGUGUCCGCGGAAGUCGCCAUCAUCGCCCAGGAUUCGGACAACGGAGCGGUGUACCGCUGUGAAGCGUCGAACCCUGCCACCAAGAAAGCUCUUACCACUAGCAUCAAGUUGACCGUUCACUUCCCUCCGACUGCUGUCACGAUUAAAAUCAAGCCAAGGAAGCCGAAAUCUGGUCAAAAGAUGACGCUGACGUGCGAGACCGGCUCGAGUCACCCUCAGUCGAGUAUCAGCUGGUGGAAGGACGGCCUACAGCUGACCGGAGGCGUCGACGACGUGGUGGUCGACGGGCCCUUCGGCGGUAGGGCCUCCAAGAACGUCCUCGUCAUCAACGUGACGGCCGACGACGAUCGGGCCAACUACAUGUGCCAGGCCACCAACAGGGCCCUCCAGCUCAGCGUCCACGACUCGGUGACGCUGGACGUCACGUACAAGCCGGAGUUCUACAACGCGCCCCUGGAGCGCUUCGAUAUCGUCGAGGGCGAGUCCCUGGUCAUCAACCUGACGGCCCGGGCCAACCCGUCGGCCGUCACGUACAGCUGGACGAAGGACGAGCGACGGGUGGCCACCGCCCGGGCCACCGAGAGGUCGGCCGACCGAGCCCUACCCAGCGUGUACGCCCGCGGCUCGCUUCUCAACCUCACCAACGUGGAGCGGAGCCACGGGGGUGUCUACGACUGCGAGGCCGAGAAUAGCGAGGGCUCCACCAAGACCUCCAUCCUCAUCAACAUCCAAUAUGGUGCCAUCGUGAAGGCCGUCACGGAAACGGUGAUCGUGGACGCGGGGAGCCACGCGCAGCUCGAGUGCGAGGUGGACGCCAAGCCCUUCGACGAGGACACUGUUUCCUGGCGGCGGCAGGGCUUCGACAUGAGCCGCACCCGGCAACUGGUGAAGGACAGGCGCGCCUACCUGACCGUGCACAACGUGUCCCGCCAGGACUCGGGGCCCUUCGACUGCGUCGCCCACAAUGGCAUCGGCGAAGAGUCUGUCAAGACGGCCAACCUCGUCGUCAAGUUCCGUCCCGAGAUCGACCGGAGCCCUCCGCACCUAAAGGCGGCCGGCCAGGAAGGUGGCACCGCCGAGCUUCUAUGCCGCGCCCAGGCGGCGCCAAACGCCACGUUCGCCUGGUCGCGCGAAGGCUCAGUCAUCACGUCCAGCUCCCGGCCAGACAAGUACGACGUGUCUGUGGCCCAGGUCGACCUGGUCACCUUCGAGAGCACGCUGUCCGUCAAGGCCAUCAGGUCGUCGGACUACGGCCACUACGAGUGCGUCGCCCGCAACGAGCUGGGCUUCGACAGCGCCAAAGUGCACCUGGAUACCCUAAGUGCCCCGGACCCGCCGCUGCAGCUCCAGGUGACGAACGCUACCUACAACAGCCUGACCCUCGUGUGGAGGCCGGGAUUCGACGGCGGCCUGCCGCAGUCCUUCCGGCUCCGCUACAGGAAGGCGGCGUCCAACGAGGGCUACCACUACCAGGAUGUGCUGCUCUCCAACAUGACAAACUAUACCAUAGGCGGCCUCGGCCACGACACCGAGUACACUGUCGGCAUCAUGGCCUUCAACGAGUACGGGCAAGGGGAAUACCUCAAGGACAUUGUCAAGGGGAAAACAACCGACGACGCCCCUCCGGCGCUGACGCAAGAGAUUCCCCCUCCGGCCAAGAUGGACAUCCCCAAGGUCAUCAUCACCAGCGUCUCUGUGGUGGGAACCUCCCUCCUUUUCCUCAACAUUGUCUUGGUCAUCUGCUUCGUUCGGAAGAGGAGAAAGAAGCGCCUCGAGGAAGAGGAGAGCGACCAGUCGAGCAAGACAGCGACGAUCGAGAUGUACGCGCCCAGCAGUUACAACGAGACCAUGAACGGCGAGACGGUCAGUUCCACGUCCGAGAAGAGCGAGGCCUACUCUAACGAGCACAGCGCUGAAUACUCGGAGGAAUCGAGCAAACCCGCCGCCGCCACGUACCUGAUCGACCAAGGCAGCGACACGUACGUCCCGGAGGCGCCCUUGCACUACACGCCGUACAGCCGUUACACCGACGAAGUGGCUCCAGCGGGCAACGGCAGCAUCGACCGAAGGAUGCUAUCCAACCGGCGAGUCCACUACGAGGGCGAUGACGAGUACUACAGUGAUGCCCUGCGCAGAAAUGCUUACAACCAAAAGCUCGGAGACAAGGUGGCCUACGGCAAGGUCCCCGGCGUCGUGGGUCCUGCUCACCCUCCGCCGCCGCCGGGACGCACUGCGGCGAGCGGUGUGGACGCCAUUUAUAACAUCAAGGCGGAGCAGCAGCGCUACGUCCCGUUCCCAGUGCCAGGAGGAGGCGCGAGCGCAGUGGCCGUCCACCACCAAGCGGACCCUUCGGGCCAGCCCAUUCUGUCCACCUUCAGCCCAACGUCGAACGCGUCACUGUCGCCCGUCCUCGCUUCCUUGCACAGCUACGGACCUCCGCUCAUGGACGGGCCCGUUGUUCACGACGAGAUGGAUGGACACCUGGUCUGACGCUCCACCGCCGUCUAGCGAUGCCCCGGACCUCCGGACUGCCGCCCUCAAAGAGCCACGAGGACGUUCCCCGAUGCUGUUGUACGUGUCGUCAGAUGCCUGCUUCGACCGCUCUGGCAACGCGGCCGAUCUGCCCGACUCACCGAGGAAAAAAUAUGCAAGGAAGCAGCGCGCUGGAUCGAGCCAAAGUUGUCGCGAGUCGUGGUUCUUCUAUGGUGAAGACCUAUAUCGACGGACUACGGAACGUGAACGUUGCACUGUUCGCAAAACUCGGGGACGAGUUGAGCUGAUGGCAGCUGCUGGGUUGAGGAAUUAUCAAGGAGAAGUGAGUGCGUGAACAGAGCGCCCUUAAAACGGGCGUCAAAUGGGAUGCCCGAAGAUUACGGCGGAGCAGCGCCUCAUAAAGACCUCAUCCUUACUCGAGUCAAUUACAUGACAGUCAAGUCCCCGUACGUCUGCUAUGGAGGCUCAGUGUACACUUGAAAGCAAAGUCUGCGCGCCCACUGAUGGACUCAAGCAGGAUUGGGACGGCAUACCGUCCGGUUCGAUGUGUUGGUGGCCUUAGCGAACGUCACAGGCUAAGGCGGGACAUCGCCGCGGCGGCCGCAGUUCGUUGUGCUCAAACCGCGUGUCAGGAAAGCAGUGUUCUGCGCGUCAACUAUUGCCACUUUAGCUUUGUAUGUAUUCACGGACUCGCAAGCUUUUCGACCGUGCCUUAUUGCGACCUAGUGACAUUCAAAAGUAAUUUAAAUUGUUUCAUGAAGGCGCCGCCUCUUCCCUUCAUGUCAGUUUCUCCUCUCUUUUUUUUUUUUUUUUUAGUUUGAAGGGUUUGUUGAGGACGGACUAAAGGACAACGUGCAUUUGAGACUGGUUGUGCGUAAGUGAAUCUUUCGGAACAAGUGAGCGGCAUGAACUGACUGUUUCCAGCUGUGCUGCAAGUGUUACAACGCGGAGCUGCGCAAAAGUAUAUCGUUUAAUUUAUGUUCUUACUUUGGAUUUGUUUGUUCAUCUGCUAAAAAUAUGCUUUUUUUCUUUUUUUUUUUUGUAUGGCAGACAAGCGUUCAUAUUUUUAAUCCAGGAUGCACUGUGACUCUUACCUUUUUUAUGUUGUGUAUCGAAGUCGUCGAGGUGCUCCCUUGUGUAAAUUUUGUUUAUUUUCUUCUUUUACAUUUUUGUGCAUGACCGUCAGAAUGCUUUUUAUUGCAUGGAAAGUGAAAAAGAUAGCUCGUGUCACACUUGUACAUAACCUAAGGAAGACGCUCUCCAUUCACCUCAUAACCUCAUGACGACGACGUCGACGCAAUCAUCUCAUCCUUUCUAGUCACAGCCAACCGCCAAAGAAAGUACCGAACCAUCCAACACAGAAACAAACAUACACACGCACACACACAUUAAAACAAUGUUAAAGGCUUCCUUGAUUUCAAAGCAAGCGCCAUAACCUCUAAUGACAAAAUCAAAAUACGCUAUUAGGAAAGUCCUUGCAAAUCCCGUCUUAAAACGGGAAUUUUCUCAAGCUCAUGGCACGCGUAAUGAAAAAAUUUGUUCACGGUGGUUGUUCACUUAAAUCAGCGGCUCGCCUUCGAGAGUAUUGUCGCCGACCCCCGUACAGGCGAGCUAAUUUAUUUUCACUCAUUCCCAACUUGAACACAGUUUCCCGGGAAACUGCACUUGAUUAGCCGUAGAUUUUGUACAUCCAGCGACAGCUCAAUUACCGCGUAAAGAAAUACCAGCGACGGAAGUACGAAAAGGGUAUCGAAAAUUGUAAUAUUUCAACGAUACACUUUAAGAAGCGUCGUCUAUACUUGGAAUAGCUUUUUCUUGUCCCGAAGUCAAACGUUUUGAACGCUAGGCAGUUUGUUAUAAGAUUAAAUGAAAGUGCGUAUUUAUUUCUUCUCCGGCUGAAACUUGGGGUGAACACGGCAGUUUCGCUUCCGAGCGAGGCGUGCCAUUGCACCAGUUCUGGCCCUAGUCUCCUCGACUUUCACCAAAGGACCAAAAUGCUCGCGAUUCCAAGGGUAUUAAGUGCGCUGUUGUAAAUCUAUGCGUGUUCUUUUUUAUCCGGGUUUGUUUUGUUCUUUCAUGUUAGCUUCGUUGAAUGGCGAUUGGUGCGACAAAAUUGACACGGAGUUGGACUCUGAAAGGGAUGUGCAACGGACUCUGGCCGCGAUUGUCUUGGGGCGGCGAGAGAUGUACAGCAAUACGCAUAAAUAAAUAAAACGUUUGUCCUUACAUCGUUGGCUCCUUCGUGAUCCCACC